GCUCUGUCACUCCAUCACGGCCGCACAGUUCCUGAUUUGGCGUAGGGGGCAGUGGUUGAAGCAGUGGUAGCAGGGCCCUCCCUCUGUCUCUGCAGAUAAAUACUCGCAGCCUGCCUAUUUCCAGGCAUGGAUGACGGUUGCACUCAGACAUGGCACUGCGACAUUACACCCUCGACUUCAAGCUCUCUACGGCAGUGGACUCUGCUUCGACAGUUCCUGGUCUACUGUCCAUAUUUCAGGAGCAGGAAAUGACAGAGACUGUCCAUGAAACAAAUGGCCAUGGAUACCUUGGUACAUUUAUAGGCAAGAAUGGCUGGCUUGCUAUUCUGCGUGUGCACUCCCAUGGGCUGGUCACUGUUGAUCUGCAGUGUUAUGAAAAGGAUGACAUUGCACAAGUAGACAAUCUCUUAAAUGCACUGGAAUCGAAGCUAAAGGCUAUCUUAAAUGGCAAUAUUACAAGGAUUAAACGGCUCCCAGCCCUCAUACGAGGAGCAGAAGUGGACCGGUACUGGCCCACAACUGACGGCAGACUGGUUGAGUAUGAUAUGGACCGGUUGGUGUAUGAAGAGGAUUCUGCAUUCCAAAACAUAAAGAUACUGCACUCAAAGCAGUAUGGAAAUACUCUAAUACUCGAUAAUGACUUAAACCUGGCAGAGAGUGACCUGGCCUACACCCUUGCCAUCAUGGGUAGUGGAAGAGAGACUUUUACUGGAAAAGAGGUGCUGAUAUUAGGAGGAGGUGAUGGAGGCAUCCUCUUUGAGAUGGUCAAACAAAAGCCAAAGAUGGUCACCAUGUUGGAUAUUGACCAGAAGGUGAUCAACGCAUGCAAAAAGUACAUGAGAGCAACUUGUGACAAUAUUCUCGACAACCUGGAGGGAGACUGUUACCAAAUACUAGUAGAGGACUGUGUCCCUGUGCUGAAAAAGUACGUCCAGGAAGGAAAGACGUUUGAUUACGUAAUUAAUGACCUGACUGCAAUCCCAAUAUCCAUGGAGCCAGAAGAAGACUCUACAUGGGAGUUCCUGCGUCUAAUCUUAGACCUGUCGAUGAAGGUCCUGCAUCCAUCGGGGAAAUAUUUAACACAGGGUAACGCCGAGAACAUGACUGAGUCACUGCGACUGUACGAGGAACAGCUAGGGAAGCUCUCGUGUCCCGUGGGGUUCUCCAAAGAGGUGGUGUGUGUACCCUCCUACAUGGAGCAAUGGGUCUUCUACACCGUAUGGAAGAAGUAAAGACCUCCUCAAUUCUCUGCUGAAUCCCCAACAACUGGAAUGUGAAUGCUCGUCCCAUUACUGCUGUAGCCUUACCGGUGGGUUCAGACUGAAUGUCAGAUGAAAAUAAGAUGCAACACAAAGUUUGGAUUUAUCCAAUAUGUGGGCUUUAAAAAUUGUAAAAAAUCUGGAGAAAUUAAGCAAAACUAACUGUAUUUCCACACACUCGUGGCAGUAUAUUGACAAUUGAACGUGUGGUACAUCUGACUCACUGCUGCUAACAUCUGCACAACAACUGGCUUUUUUUGGUUCAUAAGCUCUGAUGCAAAACACUCCAGCAGUCAAGUUAGUGAGAGAAAAAUCAAGAUGAAAAUUGACUUUGCAUUCAGUCUUGGCACAUCCCAAAAUGUACAAUGGCGGUUUUCAUUUCCCAUCUCUAUUAACACUAUUCUACCCUAAACUGACUUCUCUUCCUUUCUGUUUUAGUUGUGUUUUACCGUUGUGUGCUGGCUACAACUUUUCAGUUGUAUUUUGUUUGUUUUACUCAAUUUGGAAUACAUUUGCAUGUACUCUAAAGGAACUGUUAGAUGUUUAAACAGUCAUUUGACACACUGAUGAUGUAGCUCAUCUCACAGCAGGCGUGUGCGCUCUCCUUUGGUUUUUGUUAAGGGUUAUUUACUCUUGAGUUACGAGCUCAUGACGUGUGAUAGACCAAUAUAAAGGCUCAGCACGGCUGAACUGAGUCGCUUUUAAGCUCUGUUUUUGUUACUGCCUCUCAAAUGUGAUUUGAUUCUUUCAGAUUGUAUCAACGCAAUGUGAUCACCCUGAGUGAGACUGAAGUGUUAAAAGUCCAAAUGUGUUUUAAAAGGGAAAAGAUUCCACCACUUUAAUGACACGUCUGUGCUUGUGCUGUUUUUAUGUCAUGUUUUAUUAGCACCUUUUUGAUUUCUCCAAUAUAUUUUAAGUUUUUUAAGGCUGUAUUGGGUGCAUGUAAAGGACGAUGAAUGUAGCUUGCAUAUACAGUACACAGCACGUUCACAUGUGAUCAACCCUGUGGGACUCAGUUACAUUUAUUUAUUCAAUAUAAUUUCACCAAAUGCUGUUCUGUCCCACUUGAGAUACUUUCUGUGACCUCUACAAUUAAAAGUGUUUUUUGGGGAA